CGCGUGGAGCACGUGUAUUUCACUCACGAAGAAGCACGAGGGUUGGAAAAUGGUGAGUUGAUGUGAAAAUUUUCUUUGAAAAUAUCAUCAAAACGGACAUUUUAAUAGCUUGAUCUUGCUUUUUAGGUUCUCUACACUAUCUACGAACAUGCCUCUGGUUAUGGCAUCUUCAAGGUCGUCGCACAAGAAGAAAUCGGCGUGUUAUUGCCAGAAGUACAAGAAGCACAAACCGAUUUGGCUCGCUUUGGUAAACUUGUAAAAUUGGUCGCUUUUUUGCCUUUUAAGUCGGCUGCAAAUGCAUUGGAUAAUAUUAACUGCAUUUCUGAAGGUAAGGGGUGCUGACUUAUAUAUGUUUAUAUACACUGAUAGCAUGCUAUGAUUCUAAAGACUGGUUGCCAUUGAUAAAUUGUAAUAUCGCAAGAGUAUAAAUGCAUCGCAAGAGUAAUAGAAAUAGGCUGAUUGCAAUUUCUGCGAUUAUGAUUGGUCCGAUUCUUGCGAUUUAAUGGCAACCAGGUUAUAGAAACAGGCUGGCCGGGUACAUUUCAUGUAAACUCUACGCCGAAGAUGUGCCAAUAUUAACUAUAGAUAGUAUUGUAAUUUGCGAAAUUCAUGCCGAAGAUCUUUGGCAUAUGCCACUUAAAAGGCACCCUGGCAGGCUGGUUGUGAUUUCUGCGAUUGGGUCAUUCCAGAAAAGAUCCAUACCCCCCUACGGAGGAAAUCGAAAAUAACCCCCUCCCCCCCUUCGGACAUCCUUGAAUGGUUCAUCCUCCCCCCUCUCCGGACAUCAAAGCCCAAAAUUACCCCCCUCCCCUUCGGACAUCCACUACUUCUAAAUUUUUCUAAAGGCUACCUCGCCGUUUGAAAACGUUACCGAAAAUUAGACUACGUUCACACUACGCGCGAGCGAACUAAUGCAGGCAGAAUUUACGUGUGUUCACACUGCCGCCAUUACAGUUUGUUUACAAAUUGAAUUAGUACUCGCGUAAACCCAAAAUAUUUCAAAUAGACCCAAGAAAUUUAACUGAAAAGCAUUCGAGUUUACAUGUUUGUGUUCACACGGAGCUAUCAAGCGCUUCGCCGUUUUUACCUCGCUCCGUUUAGAAACCGUGCUCAAAUUGUUACGGCAAAAGUGACGUGAAAGUUUUCAAACGAUUUCGCUCCAGCGUAGAGUGAAUUAGUGAUGGCUUAUUGUGACUUUUCUACGCUGUUUUCAAAUAGCUCUGGCGUGGCGGAACACUUGGCGGCUUCUUGUGACUUGCGAACACAAACACGUGGCAGGUUUUGUCGGAUAAUUUGCAGAAAUUCACUUCGAAAUUUGUUCAAGUAAAAUUCGGACUGAAAUUCGAUGUAACUUGCGACUGAUUGACAAGCGUUGCUGUGUUUACUUACAUGUUAAUGCAUUUUUUAGUAUUACUGCAUUCCUUAACCUCGCCCUUAAUAUGAAAGCCAUUUCUAUUUUCUAGACACGCACCUCGCAAGGAAGCUUCAUUGACUAUAUGCUAAAACAAAUUGUUUUGAGUUCAGUUCACAUAGCAGUCUCUUAAUUCGAGCAACAGUUUAAUAACUAUUAUUUUUAACACUUGAAUAAUUCAAACUUAUAUAUACGAACGAAAACUGCAAACUAUAUAAAUAAAGCGUGUCAAUUUUCGACUCAUUCUCAACAUGCAGAAUACGCUGUUACAGCAAGUUAGUUUUUGGGCCUUUUUGGUGGCCAUGCAUGCAAAAGUGGGCCGCUUAUUUUGCUUACGAGUUACGUGGACGUAUAAUUAUUGCUGUUACAUAAACGUUCCGGUGUUCAAGAGCUACAUAUAUAGCCGAUAAAAAUUGCGUGCUCAUUAUAAUCGCCAAUCACAUGGCUUUAUCACAGUCUCAAACCUUGAGAUAAACAUAUCCACAUUCCUCUCUUCGGACAUCCUAAGACACUUCCUCUCCCCCCCUUCGGACAUCCUAAGACAUUUUCCCUCCCUCCCCCUUCGAACAGCAAAAAUUUUCUCCGUGGGGGGGGGGGAAUGGAUCUUUUCUGGAACGACCCAUUGUGAUUGUCUGAUUCUUGCAAUUGCAUACCCUGGUUGUCAGAGGUUCUGUAUCUUUCACCUUAUUCCCGCUUGUAUUUAUUUUACGCGAUGCGAAGAGAACCUCUGGUGGCACGCGAUACAAAUCUCUCUUCCAUGCUGACGUUGCCGUUUGAGAAAUUGCAAAACCGGUUUUAUAUUUUGUGACAUUUUUAAACUUCUGGGUUUGUCAUACUACCAAAAUAGCUCUCUUCAGACUGUUUGGCAGCCUUGUGUAAAACAUUAAAAAUAAGCAGCCCACAAAGCUUCUCGCCAUGCACAAAGCCAAAAGCAACCUUACUGAUUGUUAAAUUUGUGGAAUGCCGUUUGUAUUAGCGAACAUAUAAAGUCAAAAGUGAAAGAAUAUAAAUAUUUAUAUGUAUGUGUGCAACGGAGCCAGUAUGUAUGUUGUCCUUAACAGACAACGGAAAAAUAUUGGCAAAAUAAAUCAUAUUAAGAACUAUUAAAGUCAAACAAUUACCAAAAUUUAAAACCUUGAACGAUAUAAAGCAAGGGGUCAUUCCAGAAAACAUCCAUACCACCCCCACAGAGGAAAUAGGAAGUUAACCCCCCUACCCCCUUCGGUUGUCCUAAUACAUUUACUAUUAUCAGAAACAAUUUUUUCUCCCCUCCCCCUCCGGACGGCAGACAUUUCCUCCGUGGGGGGAGUAUGGAUCUUUUCUGGAACGACCCAAGUGGCUUUGAAGCAAUCAGACGCUGAUUAGUCCACCAUUUGACUUGUGUGAGACUGUGGUUAUAUGUAAAGUAUUUAAAAAUUAAACAAACACGCAAAAUAAAGCCAUUUAAAGGGUUGUUUUUUAGCCUGGGCUGAAAUUAUUUGCGAUUACAUGCAUGCCGGGCUGAGUUUCAGCCUGGGCUGAAAUUUCAGCCUGGGCAGCUCAAACCGGUCAUGUAAUCGCUUGCUGUGUUUUAAAUUAAUAGAAUUUUAUCAUUAGGCCGGGCUGAAAACUCUCCAUGUAAUCAGCCGCUUAGUGUGAUAAAUCUGUGUAUAUAGUCUAUGUAAUGUGGUGGAUUAUUAAACAGACUUGAUAUGAAAUCUGAUCCUUAAUUUCCUGUGUGUCAAUGAGACGCACAUGUUUAAUAUAUGUCACCUCUGAUUGCCCUUUAACCCCUGGUCUUUGCUUGCAUGACUCUUGACACUUGCAUGACACUUGCUAUUUUAAUGUAUAUUGCUUCUUCUUAGUUCCAUUCACAGCUCACUAGAUGCUGCGAGUAGUCACGGUGCUUGAUAUAAUUUGUGCUUUUUACUGUAGUUCUAUUUGCUUUUAAUGCCCACAGCAAUCCCUACCUUGCAGGUACCCUAGUUGCAAAAAUUAUUAAAACCACAUUAUCUAUAAAGGGACAUUCCAGAAAACAUCUGCUGUUGUCGUUGCUGCCUACACUGGCACCAACUGUUCAAGAUUGUGGCUUAUCAUAUGAUAUACUUCAAGCAUAGCAGACUGUGCUUCACUUGGUUUUGUAAUGGUGAAAUAUACUUAUUUUCAAGAAACUAUAAAAGCCAUGGGGGUACCGGAAGGAAAAAAUUAGAGGGGCGGAAAGAAAUUUGCCCGACUUUUUCGCCCCUUUACCCAUGAUAAAAGCUAGUCAAUCCAGGCUAGUGUCCAAUCCACAGCUCUAUCCAAUUGUCAGACUGAAAAUGAUGUCUGUAAAAGACUCCUCAAAAUUAAUCAUUGAACCAGUCUACCAAUUUCUUUUCAAAAAAAUUCCUGACCAUAUGUACAGUUUACCGAGCAUCCUAUCAAUUGACUAAUUUACUGACUGGUUCAUGCAAAAGUGGGGACUUAACACCUCACACAUAUACACACCUCACACACAUACACACCCUGCCCCCACACACUACAUCCAUGAGUGUACAGUAGCUCUGUUCUGGAAUGACCCAAUAUACCAUUGUUAGAAUUUUUAAAUUAACACAUAUCUUAUGGACAUUCCUUCAAUGUUGAUUUCCCUCUUUUAAGGUGUGAUCCAUGAUGAUCUUAAGGUUUUCCUGGAAAGUAAUAUUCCUGUUGGCAAGAAAAAAUCUAAAGUCAGUUUGGGUGUCUCUGAUCCAAAGCUUGGUGCAGCCAUUCAAGAAUCUUGUGAAAUCCAAUGCGAAGCUGGAGGGAUUGUCAAUGAAGUAAUACGUGGCAUAAGACUGUACUUUCACAAGAUGAUCUCAGGAUUAUCUGACACAAUGGCCGGAAAAGCUCAGCUUGGAUUGGGACACAGUUAUUCUCGGGCAAAAGUGAAAUUUAAUGUUCAUCGAGCUGAUAAUAUGAUUAUCCAGUCAAUUAGUUUGUUGGACCAGCUUGAUAAGGAUGUCAAUACUUUCUCAAUGAGAAUCAGGUUGGUAAUAUUUUGAUUUAGGGAAAGAAUGUUUUAACCAAGGGCAAAAUAAUCAUGAUUAGGUAAUUUCCUCCCCCACAGAGGAAAUUGGAAGUUAACACACUCUCUACCUCCUUCGGAUGGAUGUUUACUUUCAUUCAAUUUGUUCUAAAAGUGCUACUUUUUUCUGAGCUAUACCAAGGGAGUUAAGGUGCUGGUACACCAGUUUGGGUGCCAAAAAAUUUCACCAAUGAUUAAGGUGUGGACUAUCCAAUAACCAUUGAGUACUGAAAUACCAUCCCUUAGGACAAAGAAUUACAUCUCAAUAAUUGAGGAAAUUACCUUUCCGAGACACUGAAUUCCAAUGUGUUGUUGGGAUGCAGCAUCCCCAAGUCUUCUUGCAUUCUCGUCCUCUUCUCUUGAUCAAUAAUGGGUGUGCCCAGGUUGACACAGGGUGAGUUAGGAUAAACAAAGGAAAGUACUAUCACAAUUGUUGUAAAGAUAAUUAGUCUAGGCUAGGUACAUAGGCACUGAUCUGAAAUAAGACUGGAUAACGCAUCUAUAGUAUACAAAAGUGAAGCCGGAAGUCACCGGCCGCCACCCGAUUCUGGGGCCCCACUUUUGUAUAGAUUUGUAUUACAGACGGUAGUUUUUCACGUUUUUUGCCUUGGCUACGUUUCCGAUCGGGCCAAUUUUACAAUCACAACGAUAGAAGCAUACAAGAAGAAUUUUGAGCAAAAAAUUUGGAGUAUUAUGGCUUUAUAACUCCGCGAAAUGAGAUUUACAACUCUGAAGGAGUGGAGAGCCUCAGACUUUGCUUAUCAACACGAGCUCGUUUUGCUACUUUCAUACAAAAUAAACUCAAAAUAUACAAGAAUUCUUGUUACUGGACGAAUACUCUCACAAAAUUUGAAGAAAUGAAGCAGCUACAUUGUGAACGAAAGCGUACAGAGGUUAGUUUUAAAAUACCUUGAGGCUACUUCCAUAAUUAUAUGAAUUAAAAUAACAUUGAGUCGUUGUUUAUAAUUGGAUUAAAAAUAUUUCAUUGUCACUUGUCUUCCUACUUUAAAACAUAUAAAACUUCUCGACAAGUCGCCUAGGAAUGCUUUUGACAAAAUUGACAUUUAAAACUGUUCCUUAUUAUAGUCUUAUUAAAUUCGUAUAAUUAUAAAAGUAGCCUCAAGGUAUUUUAAAACUAACCGCCUCAGUACGCUUUCGUUCACAAUGUAGCUGCUUCAUUUCUUCAAGUUUCCUGAGAAUAUUUGUCCAGUAAACAGUAAUUCUUGUAUAUUUUAAGCGAUUUUGUAUGAAAGUACCAAACGAGCUCGUGUUGAUAAACAAAGUCUAACCUCUGUACGCUUUCAUUCACAAUGUAGCUGCUUCAUUUCUUCAAAUUUCGUGAGAAUAUUCGUCCAGUAACAACAAUUCUUGUAUAUUUUGAGUUGAUUUUGUAUGAAAGUAGCAAAACGAGCUCGUGUUGAUAAGCAAAGUCUGAGGCUCUCCACUCCUUCAGAGUUGUAAAUCCCGUUUCGCGGCGUUAUAAACCCAUAAUACUCCAAAUUUUUUGCUCAAAAUUCUUCUUGUAUGCUUCUAUUGUUGUGAUUGUAAAAUUGGCCCGAUCGGAAACGUAGCCAAGGCAAAAAACGCGAAAAACUACCGUCUGUAAUACAAAUCUAUACAAAAGUGGGGCCCCAGAAUCGGGUGGCGGCCGGUGACUUCCGGCUUCACUUUUGUAUACUAUAGAUGCGUUAUCCAGUCUUAUUUCAGAUCAGUGUACGUAGGUAAUACAAGUAAGCAUAAUACUUGAUGUAAUCGGUCACUGAAAAGCCCUGUUGGGGAGUGAGCUGAAUACUUUACAAUCAUAUGUAUGUGAUUUUUGCAUUGGAAACCCUGUACUUUCUAAUUAGUUAUCUUGUUCUUGCUUUAAUACACUAUUUUUCCUUCAUUCUCUUGAUAUGGCUAUACCUUCUCAGUCGACAUAUAUAGUAUCUUCUCUCUCGUCUCCACAACCUUCAAUUCCUUUCUUGUACAGUAUCCUUGUUUCUCAUUCUCUCUUUUCUAUCUCCUCUAAUAUUUUUGCAGUCUAUAUCUAAUCUCUGCUAUACUACAAUCCUGGCAAAAAGUAUUGUGGACAGCCUGUGCAUAAACAGAAAGUUUGCAGCUGUAAGUGUCCACAAAAUUUUUGCCAUGGUUAUAGUAUUGUGCAAAAAUCUUUUGUUUCAUUUCACUAGGGAAUGGUACUCUUACCACUUUCCUGAAUUGGUGAAGAUUGUUGCAGAUAAUCUCCUGUAUGCACGAGUGGUAAGAUACAUCAAAUCACGCAAAGAUCUGACUGAGGACAGACUUGAGGGACUUGAGGAGAUUGUCCAAGAUGAAGCCAAAACAAAGGCCAUUUAUGAUGCAUCUCGAUCUUCCAUGGGUAUGCAAAUAAAAAAUUAUUGAUAGAACUUUAAUGCUGGUUUACACUACCAACGUUUCUGUGAUAACAGUAGGAAUUUUGCAUUGGUAACUUCUAAGUUGUGAAGAACUAAAACAUUUCUUAAGAAUCCUUCAAAACUUAGAAUUUACCUAAUUCCUACUGUGAUCACAGAAACUUUGAUAGUGUUAAAACCAGCAUUUAUACAGUUAAUUUGGUCACACCUCCUAUCUUUAUUGGGAAGUACACAAUAUUGUUAAUUCCAAGAAAAACAACAUGCCAUAAUUACUGUACUAAGUCUAAGGGAAAGGUUAUUUUCUCUAUAUAUUAUAUCUUUCAACUGGUCCUUGUAUUUUGAGUUCAACCCAACUCUAUAAGUUGGUCAUAACAUUUCACAUUGUGUUCGGAGGAUAAUUUAUAAUAUAGUUUAGGCAACUGAAUAUAUGCCCAAGUUGUGUAGUUUGUUCACAGUUGAGUUACAGUAGAUAUCAUCCUCAAUUAUAAACAUUGUGUUGUAGGGAUGGAUAUUUCUCCCAUUGACUUGAUCAACAUCCAGGCAUUUGCAUCCAAAGUGAUUGGUCUUACAGAAUACAGAACAAAACUUCACAAUUAUUUGGUCUCAAAAAUGGGUUCAGUUGCGCCAAAUCUCACCGCUCUGGUGGGCGAACAGGUACUCAUUGAAUAUGUCCACAUUAUAUUGUCAUACUUUUCAUAAGCUGAUUGAGAAUGAUUGUUGCCAAAACUAAAGUCCCUAGCUUACAGAUGAAAACGUUUUGUUUGUUCAUUUCAAAUCUCUAUAUAGACCAUGUUUAUGAUAAGAUUUUUGUAACAACUUUAACUCUUAAAGUGGCAAAUACGCCCUAAUGCAUUAUUAUUAUUAUUUUAUUCUUCUGAUCAUCAUGAGUAGAUUGCUGGCCCUCAGUGGGUUUACAGGUCAAUUUCCACAUUAAUUAACCAUUAAUGCAUAUGACUCUCCCCUUGUCAAGUAAAAUUGUUUGGCAUUAGACAGAGUAAAAUAAUAAAGUCUGGUGACUGGUGCAUUUGGGCAGAUUGCAAAAUAAUUGGUUGACAACCUAAGUUUUAAGCAAGAGUACUUGUCGACAUCAGGGUCUUAGCUAGGAUUUGAGAUCUUGGGCGUGUUUCUAAUGACCAGGGUGUGCACAUGUCAAUUACUUUGAGUAGCCAAAUUCACGGUUCUAGUUAUACUCGCCAACAACAGACAAUGCCUGUGGCUGUUCUAUGCUUUGCAACCAAUUUCAAGACGAGCAUACGCUCAAACUGCGCAGUGACAUUAGAAUAUUAGGUUAUUGCAGCAACUCUUGGGGGUAUUUAAAACCAUUUUAACACCAUACAGUUCAUAUCAACAUUAAAACAUCACGGAUCACAUUUCGUAAAUUGGAAGAAAUUCUGUCUGUUGUAAGUACUGUAGCAUCACCUUAUUUUAUGAACCUACACGGCCUUAUAUAAAUAAUGAAGCCGCGUUCAUUUUAUCUAGCCGUGUUUUGCCACUUUUGGCCGCGAAAACACGGCCAACACGGCCCUCUAGCUAAGACCCUGCUUGUCGUAGAAAGUAGAAACAACCGAGACGUUCACUGUAUAUCAAAAAAGACAAAUAAAUUUGGCAACUUGUCGGUAACAAACCAAUUGCCUGGCGUUGUAGGUUGGUGCACGGCUGAUCUCCCAUGCUGGAAGUCUGACCAACCUUGCUAAGUAUCCUGCGUCUACAGUGCAAAUCCUUGGCGCUGAAAAAGCACUCUUCAGGUUUGAAAGUGAAAUGAUUAUAAUUCGUAAUUUAAAAGUGGAAUUAGAAAUAAUUUCUUAUUUAAAGGAAAUCUCAAUUUUAAAAAGUUAUGAAAGCAAUGCCUGUGACAACAAAAUGGCGUCUUUUAGUUUUUGUUACGUGUUUAUUUAUCUCAAGUGAAAAUGCUAUUCCUGUAUUCCAUAUAUCAAAAUAAUCACUGCCAUUGAAAGUUCAUUCUUCUACAUAACCACAGCAUUUUAAAAUUUGCCACUUUUCAUUGAAAUUUACAUUUUACAUGCUCUAUAGCAGGGUCUUAGCCAGCCUACCCUCCAGCCGUCUUUUGGACGCCCAUUUUCAAAUUUGGACGGCCUUCUAAAAAAAGACUGCUUUUGGACGGUAAACAUAAACAUUGCUCACUUGCAAGCUGCCAAAUCUGCCGAACCAAAGAUUCCUAGGCCUAGCUGCCAAAAACCGUAGAAUAUAUAUAAGAUAAUUAGUUGCUUUUUGUUGUUUUUUGGUUGUGUUCUUCACUCACACUAUAGCUUAUCAAAGCUACAAGUACUGUAUUUAUAGCAUGAAAGUGACAACAUAAUAUCACUCAUAAGAUUAAUAUAUUGGCAGAUUUACUUAAACUGUACUACUGUAGUGAGUGUAGUGAGUAGUCCCAUAGUCUGAAUAAUUGAAUAUAUUAUUAGUUUUUUGAGCGAUUCUCAAGUGCGGUCACCGAUUACUCCCAGCAUUCGGGAAUAAUCACAUUGAAUUACUGGUGCAUGAAGUGGUGCCAUGGUUCCAUAUGGCAAAAUAUACGUGUCAUAAAUGAAAUUUCAAAUUUGGACACCCAAGUUGCAAAUCCUGGCUAAGACCCUGCUCUAUAGUUAAAAAUUGCUAUGCAAAUUUUAACUUGCUAGUUGAAAUCAUGGAUGAAACGAUGUGUUUAUCUUGUGUUUUCAGAGCGCUAAAAAAGAAAGGCAACACGCCAAAAUACGGAUUAAUUUUUCAUUCUUCCUUCAUUGGUCGAGCAGCUACACAAAACAAGGGGCGUAUUUCUCGAUAUCUUGCGAACAAAUGUUCAAUAGCUUCAAGAAUAGAUUGCUUUUCAGGUGAGUUUACCGAUAUGUUCUUAUGCAGUGUAUUGCAAUCAUGCUAAUGAAGUGUUCUAAAAAAUGUUGGAGUUCAUUUCUGGAGUAAACAUUUGUGUACUAUACAACACAAAUUAUUUGCAUGCAGUACAGUACAGAAAGCUGUAACUUUCAUUGUAACAUUGAGUAAAGGUCAUAUACAAAUAGCAGCUACGUUUAGUUAGAUCUGCAAAAAUUCAUGAUAUAAAUAUAUUACUAGUUAACCAUCGUCAUCUUCCUCUUGUCUUUUAAUAUGUUAGAAGUACAAUCGACCAUAUUUGGUGAUAAGAUGCAUGAGCAGGUCGAAGAACGUCUAAAAUUCUACGAAAGUGGCGAAGCUCCAAGAAAAAAUAUUGAUGUCAUGAAGGAAGCAAUCUCAGAGGCAGCCAGUCAGACUGUGACGUCGGAAAAGAAGAAAAAGAAGAAACGAAAGAAGGAAAAAAAUGGAUUGGAUGAAACGGUUGAAGAGAAGAAAAGUGAAACGCCUGCAAAAGAAACGCUUCCGGAGGAAACAUCCAGUGCUUCGGAGAAGAAAAAGAAAAAGAAGAAGAAAUCUGAGUCGUUUGAAGAUUUGUCAGAAACAAAGGGUAACGAGAAUAUUUGUUUUGGUUUGUGGAGAACACCACCUGUAUUUAUGAUUGCAAAGAUGUCACUGGGUCACAAACCCAAACAAAUAUUAUAUUAUCACAAUAAAAACAUACAAAUAACUCACUUUAGUAUGAUUACAUAGCCAUAGGUGAUUAUUGAAAAUUCUCCACGCUGAUUGGUUACCGUUGAGGUGAUUAUAACGCGAUAAUCACCCAAGCGAUUUUCAAAAUGGCGGCCGAAGUCGCUUUGUCAAUUAAAGGACGAAGAAAUGUGUAUUUUUUAUUUUUUUCCAAAUAAUCAUCUUUCAAAUUAUACUAAAACAAUUAUUCACCUGAGGCUCGGUGAUUAUCGUGAAUAAAAACCUCGACUUCGUCUCGGUUUUUACUCACCUAUCGAUAAUCACCUCUUAAUUGUUAAGUGAAGGGUUUUGAACUUCUAAUCUUGUUCAAUUUUCCUUUCACACUUUCCAUUCAGCUUAACUGAUACUCAGUGAGCCAAUUUACUGAAAAAUGGAAGUAAAUUAAAACUUACUAAUAAUAAAACCAAAUUAUAUUAUUACAUUAUCUGUCAACCUAAUUAACUACAAAAUUUUACAAGUAUACUCAAUGCAUGGAAUAUAUCAGUAAUAGAAUUUAUAAUAUUUAAAAAAAUCUAUUGAAUAUAUUUUAUAAUAUUUAAAAAAAUCUAUUGAAUAUAUUUUAUAAUAUUUAAAAAAGUCUAUUGAAUAUAUUUUAUAAUAUUUAAAAAAUCUAUUGAAUAUAUUUUAUAAUAUUUAAAAAAAUCGAAUGAAGAAUAGAAGUUAAAAUAUUUUUCUAUUUUUCCAAAAGAUGCUGAAGAAUUGGCGGCGGAAACGCCAAAGUCAAAAAAGAAGAAGAAAAAGCAGAGUGCGGAAGAGGAAGAAACGGAGACACCGAAAGAAAAGAAAAAGAAGCGAAAGCGCAGUGAAGUGGAAGUAGAGGUAGCAGGAGAGGCAGAAGAAGAACCACGAUCUUUAAAAAAGAAAAAGAAGAAGAAGUCACUUAGUUCAAAGGAAGAUGAUUAAAUCUGCAAUGAAUUUUAUUUUAGUUUUACUUACUGUAAUAUCGUGUCCUCUUCAGAUAAAGUCGCGUUUUACCUUAAACGGCUUAUUUACAUCAUCCGCUGUGAAGGGGGCAAGGCUGAGGGAGGCGAGAUGUUUUCACAGCAUAAAAAUAAUGAAGUCAAUAAUUAUAAAAAGUGGGAAAAAAGAUAAAGAGGAGCUUAUGUUAUUGCUAUCAUCCUAACGUUGUUAAUCGUAUACUAGGAAAAAAAUGUUGAAUCAGAGGAUGUGACUUUUUUCCAGUUAUCGAAAUCAUUUCGCGUCUUGUCCCAACAAUGUGAGACCAUGUAAACGAUCCCUCGUAUACCUGUGCCACUACAUUUAACCACUUACCCUUGUCAUAUUAUGUAUUUGGGUUAUUUUGGUGUACGAUAAAGGCGAGAAAUUAAGUUGUCUCCCUCACAUCCGGCAGUUGUUCGCCAACGUCUGCGAAGGAUUAGGAGGCUAGAAAUUAAGCACAAUACAAAGUAAAUCUUUAUCUGGGCAACAGAUACAAGGAAAAGAAGGGGACCUGUUCUUGUACAUAGCUUUGCAACAAUUCCCUUCGUUGUGUUAAGAGAUUUCAUUAGUGCAUGGCAAAUAUGUAUGAUAUGUAGGCCCCAGUUACACGAUACUGGGUUCGCUUGUGACGACAUCGAAUUUAACUGUUUCAGGAAUAUCUUAACACUUAAAAUUGCAAUAUGACAAAAUAAAACAAAAACUGUAGAAGGGGAACAUUUUGUGGUUAGACAUUUCGCGUGAGCGGCAUAUUUUCAUGUCGUAAAAAGCGAAUCCGAUAUCAUGUAUAACUGGGGCCAUUGUAGAAGCGAAAGAAGCUUUCUGAAUAAAAUAUUUGUUAUGAAACAAGAAAUGUUUUGGCUAUUUCUGUCGAAGUCUUUCAAACUUGCCAUCCAGACUUUCCAAUCUAGCAAACAAAGAUCUUGGGUCUUUCUACGUUUUCCGUUUCGCGAAUAAUUAUCCCACCAGUAUUUUUAUCCUGAUUUCUGUCCUUCCGCCGUUUUUGCCAAUUCCUCAUUCCUCGAUGCUUUGGGUAUAAGUCGUUUCCGCAGCUUCUGUGUAUAAAUAGAGCUUUUUACACUUAGCUGUAUGUCAGUUUGUUAUUUGGCUAUCUUUGGGGCGAGAGGAAUCUAUAGGAUGAGAAUUGACAGAAGACAAACGGAACAUAAAGUCCUAAGUGAGACAGUUAUUCAUUUGGGGGGGGGGGGGCAAGGGUAUUUUCGUGACUCGUGAUUAGCAAUUAUUCGUGAUUCGUGAUUUAAAGAAAUACCAUUCCGUAAAUCGUGAUUAAUAUGCGUGCCGUGAAUCGUGA